CAGGAGGUUGCCAGCACUGCCGCGCACUGCGUCCAUGGCACGGGCUACGUGCUUCAGCUGAACAAUUUCUGCGGGGACCCGCCACGUGCGACAGUCUUGGAAAUAUUUACGCACGAGCUGUAUGAUAAGUCAUGACUGCUAAUAUCGACCUUCUGUCUACUUAUACUACUUUGCCCGGCAAGGUCACAAAGGUAUUCACGUGCUCACGAUAUUGCUUUGCUUCGAGUGGAACGACUAGAUUUUCCAGGACUUAAUGAAAGCGUGCUACCUGAACAUUCGUUUGGCGCUGGAGGUAGGUAUAGGUGAAUGUGCAGUAUACGGCUACGGCGUUAAAGACGUGUCCACAUACGAACUGUCCGAGGCUCUAUUGGCAGCUAACAUGAGGAUACUUCCCCUGGACGAGUGCACGCAAUCUCUGGGGACCUACAUGGCUCCCGAUUUCGACAGCGGAAUGGUAUGCGCUGUCGGGAAUGGCGUCGAUACGUGUGAAGGCGACUCCGGGGGUCCCCUGAUGUGCCAAGGCCUAGUGGAGGGAGUCAGCAGCCACGGGCUCGGCUGCGCCGCCCCGGGCAUACCCGCGGUCUACACCAGUAUUAGGGCGCACUUGGCUUGGAUACACCAAGUCAUACAGAGCUGGGACCCAAAUACAGAGGACACAGGCUAGGAUAUGAUACCUAUAUUAC